GGAAGCCGCUCCGGAGCUGCCUGUUCGCGCGAGAGUUUGGAGGGGCGGGUUUGGGGUCGGUCUCCGGUGUGGGGCUCGCACGGCAGCGCUUCAGAGCCGUGCUCAGGCGGCCGAUUGGAGUGCGGGGAGCUGGGUCAGGCAGUCGUUGGGUCACCCGUGCCUGGAAAGUGCCGAAGCGCUCUGGAGAAUCCUGGACAGCCCCGCUCUUCCGCAGCCAGGUGCUAGGGUCGGGAGUAAAGUGAGAGUCCGGCAGUCUUCGAGCGCCUGGGCCACGGCGGCGGCCCUGGGAGCAGAGGCCCCAGGUAUAGAGUGUUCCGCCCGCCACCUCUCUGCCUCCUGGCCUGAAUCAGCUGCUUGCCUUGCCGGCAGCUUCUCGGUGCCUUCCGUCCUCGCUUAAUCGCCAACCUCCGUUCCGCAGCUGCCACAUAACCAUGUGGAGCAACCCCAUUACGCUAAAGAUGAAAGGCUGGGGUUGGCUGGCCUUGCUUCUGGGGGCCCUGCUGGGAACUGCCUGGGCUCGGAGGAGCCAGGAUCUACAUUGUGGAGCUUGCAGGGCUCUGGUGGAUGAACUAGAGUGGGAAAUUGCCCAGGUGGAUCCCAAGAAGACCAUUCAGAUGGGCUCUUUCCGAAUCAAUCCAGAUGGCAGCCAGUCGGUGGUGGAGGUGCCUUAUGCUCGCUCAGAGGCCCACCUCACAGAGCUGCUAGAGGAGGUAUGUGACCGGAUGAAGGAGUAUGGGGAACAGAUUGACCCUUCUACCCACCGCAAGAACUACGUACGUGUAGUGGGCCGGAAUGGAGAAUCCAGUGAACUGGACCUACAGGGCAUCCGAAUUGAUUCAGACAUCAGUGGCACUCUCAAGUUUGCGUGUGAGAGCAUUGUGGAGGAAUAUGAGGAUGAACUCAUUGAAUUCUUUUCCCGAGAGGCUGACAAUGUUAAAGACAAACUUUGUAGUAAGCGAACAGAUCUAUGUGACCAUGCCCUGCACAUAUCACAUGAUGAGCUAUGAACCACUGGAGCGGCCCAGACUGACAGGCUUGAUGGAUCACCCCCAGGAAGGGAAGAGGGUGGCAAUGCCUUUUAUAUUAUGUUUUUAUUG